ACUUUACGCACCAGCGGGAGGAGACGCGGAAGAGUAGUGAAGCGGCUCAGCUGUAAGAGGAAGGUUUAGUUUUCCCCGCGUCCAGUUCGUCUGAUCCGGACUCUCAGAGCUUUAACAGAAUGAUGCUGCAGCACUCGGGUCCCUCGCUGGCUGACAUCAGCUGCUCCGCCCUGGUGCCCUGCCUCUCUCCGCCGGGCACGCUCACCCUGGACGACUUCACCAAUUUCACACCCAUCGUGAAAGAGGAGCUGCGGCUGGCCAUCCAGUCCAAGCGGCUGUCCAACGGGCUCAGCGCCGACAUCAGCUCCGACGGCGCCAGCUCCACCUCGGACCGAGCCUCGGAGCACCUCGCCAGUGGGUCCGGAGUCAAGAGAGAGGCGACUCCUCAGGAGCAUGAUAGGAGGAAGAGGAGGAGGGAGAGGAACAAAAUCGCUGCUGCAAAGUGCCGCAACAAGAAGAAGGAGAAGACAGAGUCUCUGCAGAAGGAGUCCGAGAAGCUGGAAAGCGUCAACGCCGACCUGAAGGCUCAGAUCGAGGAGCUGAAGCAGCAGAAGCAGCAGCUGGUCUACAUGCUCAACCUGCACCGGCCGACCUGCAUCGUCCGAGCCCAGAACGGCCAGACGCCCGAGGACGAGAGGAACCUCUUCAUCCAGCACAUCAAAGACAGCACCUUACAACUCCACAACCUCACCUCCUCCUCCACCACCACCACCUCCUCCUUGUCCACAUCCAUCUCCACAGUAGCAGCUCUAGACGCAGGAUUUCUGACCCUCGAUCACAUUGAGCAUCCCAGUCUCCUAUAAGCGACCGGGUGUUUUUGCCGCUUUUCUAAGACUUGCGAUGCUUCCACCUGCUGCCAUCGAUGUAGCGCAGAGUGUUCGAGAGGCAGGUGGAGCCGCUACAUAGACUUAUGACCUGAGAAUGACAGUGACGUAUAACAAACGCCACCUUGGGAUGACCGGUUUCACUCACACAGCUGCUAGAGAGAGAAAGAGUGGCAUAAAGAGACCUCAGCACCUCCCCUGAAACCAUAGCUGCUGAUUGGACAGGAAGUGACACGUCAUGGACAUCACCUUGACAUGUAUUAUGUUUUUGUUUUGUUUUUUUAACAUUAAAAACGGUCAGGGCCAAGGACAGAUGCUAAUGCACUAAAAGACAAAACAAAGACACCAGUUGCUUUUUUUAAUUUACUAGUAUUCUGGAUAGAUGAGAGUCUGAUUUAGUGUCUGAUUUUUGUACCAAAGCGGGAUUUCAAGGUGAUCAAGGCACAUAAUUUAACUGUUCACUGACAAUGAACGUAGACGCAGAUUGACCGUGUGAGUGUGUACAGGAAUUUAAGUGUGUUUGAGCUGCAAGUCACUGACUUUAAAAAAGAUGUUGUUUGUGCUUAGUGUAUGAAACAUGGUAUAUUUAUUAAGUAACUGCUGUAUGACAUGUCAUUGCCGUAUCGACCCUGUUUGCUUGUCAUUUAUCCAACGUGAACGACUAAAUUUGCUGCUACUACUAACCACUCAGGACCUACGUUCGCUUUAGAAGUCGAUUCAAUGUUGUUUUUAUUGCCCCAUUUAGGAGCUGAUCUCUCUAAAAGUGUGAGUACAAGUCAGGUUGUUUGCUGUCAGUCAGGGUAGCAGUAGCAGUCACAAAAGGGAAAUGUACUUUGCAGGCAGGGUUUCCAAUAUCUGCACUUAAUGAGAAAAGCAUAGUAAAAAUUACAGUAUAAUUAUGUAUGCAGACGAUACCUUACUUCUUCUUAACAAUUUGAAAUUCAGUGGCAAGCAAAAUUGCCCAAAAAAAAGAAUACUGUAUAUAAUUUCACGAAUCCACUUUAUUUAUCACUGCGUUCCCUCUUAAACAGAAUUAGUGUUGCUUUUUACAUCCUCUGUGACGAUGAAGCUUCACAUGUACGAGUGUUAUUUUUCAGACAUGUUGUUUUCUACCUAAAAUCUUGUAUAUUGUAUUGACUGUGCAUUAACUCUGUGCUACUGUAUGUAAACACCGGAUGCCUCCUUUGGUCUUGACAGAGCAAAACAAAAGAGAUUGUUAUUUUUUAAAGUGUAUUUUAUCAAUAACAGUUGGUUUGGAAGUUGUAUUCACUAGAUAUCAUUAGCUAGGUAUCAGAAGUGUUGCAUCAGCUUUCGGCUGGUCCUUUAACACGCUUGACUCUGAAGUUAUGGAAGAUGAUGUGAUAUUACACUGUGUGUUAACUGUGUGAACUCUAUCAGUGUCCAGGCUUCAACUCACUGCUACAUAUUUGUCCCUCCUUCCACUCCUGUUUCCCCUCUGUGGCCUGUUUGCUAUAUGGUGAAAUCAACCCUCAACAGAAAUGUGGCUUAUUGCGCAAACAGAAACUGAGUAACGACAAAAAUUAAGAAACUUUUUUCUUGUCAAAUAGUGAUCAUAGAAUCAAUCCUUGAUUAGUAUUUGUCCAUCAAUAGACACUGAAACCCUCCAUCAUUCAAAUUCACCCUACAGCAAACACAUCAAAAGACUCUGGUUGACAGGAUUUGAAUUAUUGCCAGUAAAUCACAACCCUUCACCAAGCAGUCUGAAUGCUGAACAUCACGUUAGCAUCAUCUUGUCGUCUGUACGCAGCACACGUUUGCAUGGUUUAUAUUGUUCGUCGUACAAUGGAAGCAAAAACCUGGAGAGUCGCAUGGUUAAAGGGACGCAGGCGUCUGUGUGUUCAUAGUGUGUAUGUUGUUUUUCGGUGGUUGAAGUUGUUCAUUGUCCCUUUGCUAGAUAGCUAAUAGGCACUCAGUUCGAUGUGUAUGUAGUCUAUCGUGCCUUCUUCUACUGGAGGCUGUUUUCUUUCUGUAGCUGCUCAACUGUUGGAGCAUCAUAGCCUGAAUGGCUGAACUGUAGGCUGUCAGGUACGACUGCACUGCUACUACCAAUGUGUACUUCCAUCUUUGUGAUCUGUCAACUUUUGUUUUUGAUACUUUGUUAAUUAAAAUAUGUAUUGCAAAAGA